CUUUUUUAUUGCUUCUUGAUAUCCCGACACAUUUAUAUACAUAUUGUCAUUGCUGCUAUUUUUUUAAUUUAAAUUUAAAGUUUCUGCUAACAGAGCUUUUUAAUACGUUUAAUUUUUGUAGGUUUUAGUUUUUAAGACAACAAAAAAGUUGAAGCGAUGAAUAGGUUACCUAUACUUAUCGCUGUAGUGCUUUUAAUAUUUGUUUUACAUACACACGCUUGGGAGAGUAAUCUUUUUAUAAGGAGAAGGAUAUUUGGUGAUGCACGGACAGACUCAAAACCUAGCGAAUAUGAAAGAUGGUUUACUCAAAAUUUAGAUCAUUUUAACCCGAAUGAUGAGAGGACCUGGCAACAGAGAUACUACAUGAAUAGUGACUAUUCUGAUGGUAAAGGUAAUCUUGCUUUUCUUAUGAUCGGUGGAGAGGGAGAAGAAACAGAUUCCUGGAUGACUAACGGAUCAUGGAUCACGUACGCUGGCAAAUAUAAACCAAUUUUGUUCGAUCUCGAGCACAGAUACUAUGGUAAAAGCCAUCCUACGGAAGAUCUAAGUACUGAGAAUCUUGUAUAUUUAACAAGUCAGCAAGCUCUAGCCGAUAUAGCAUUUUUCAUUGAAGCUAUGAAUGAACAACACAACCUGACCGAUAAUGUAAAAUGGAUUGUUUUCGGGGGUUCUUACCCCGGAAACUUGGCCGCCUGGGUACGCCAAAAGUACCCCCAUUUGGUUCAUGGAGCCGUAUCUUCAAGUGCACCGCUUCUUGCAAAAUUAAAUUUUUCAGAAUACUAUAAUGUGGUAGUAGAUUCUCUACGAGCCAGUAACGACAAUUGUCCCACAAUCAUAAAGGAAAGUUUUUCGCAAGUUGAAGCUCUUCUGCUCACCGAAGAUGGCCAGAGAAAUCUUAACAAACUAUUCAAUUUGUGUGGUGAUAUAACUGAGAACGUUAAUAACUCUUUGGAUAUGUCUACCUUCUUCUUGAGAUUGUCGUCUCAAUUCGCCGAGGCUGCUCAGUAUAAUGAAAAUAACAGUUUGGACACGUUGUGUAAUAUUAUGUUAAACGAGUCUAUUGGACCCGAGAUCAACCGUUUGGCAGCUGUUUAUAAUUCUACGUACAUUGAAAAUUAUUGUUUUAAUUACAAUUAUGAUACAAUGAUUGAGGGACCGAGAAACAUAAGUUGGAGCAGUCAUGACCGCAGCUCUCGCGCAUGGACAUAUCAAACAUGUACAGAAUUUGGUUAUUUUCAAACUACCUCCAAAUUUCCUCUUAGUUAUUGGAUUCAAAUUUGCCAAGAUAUUUUUAGCCCAUCAUACACUGAAACUUUUUUGAAUCAUGCCAUCAAAAACACCAACGUUGAAUAUGGCGGCUUAGACAUUCAAGUCUCCAACGUUGUAUUUGUUCAUGGUUCAUUGGAUCCAUGGCAUGCUUUGGGAAUCACAACAACCCUAAAUGAAAAAGUUCCUGCUAUCCUGAUUAAUGGUACUGCCCAUUGUGGCGAUAUGCGUAAUCCAUCUGAUGAUGAUAGUCCCCAACUAAAGGCAGCGAGAGUUAAAGUAGAAGAAUUAAUAGGGACAUGGAUAGAUUUAUAAUCUUGUGUAGGUUUAAGUUGCUAUAAAAUUGUAUAUUAGGAAUUAUGUAGACAAGAAUAGUUUAAAAUAUUAAAUGCAUAAUAUCUACUCCAAUAACUCACCACCUUAACAUUGAAACAUUUUUGAUGUCUCGAAUUUCCUAAACCUUUUAUCCGAUUUGAGUGAUUUUUUAAUAUAUUAGGUUAUAGCCCUAUUCUUUAGAAAUUUUGCUAUAAUAAUGUUGUUCAUAGAAAGGUAAAUGUGAUUGUAUACCUGGUGUCAAAAUCAUAAUGUUUUUUCUUAAAGUUCGGAACAGCCUGUGGAAUAUUCUAGCAUGUAUAAAAUGUUGAAAUUAAAACUCGUUUCUGGCCUUGAGCUUUCUUAACAUUUUGUUUUUUGAUUCAUUUGCUUAUAUUCGAUAAAGAAAGAGAAGAAUGUACUUUUAUAUUACAAAUGAGUUUUGUUAUGUGGUUUUGAUCAAUAUCAUUUCAAAUCGCGAGAGCUACUAUUUCUACAUCUUGGAACGUUCUAGGAGAUAGCAAAUACUGUCCUAGUCUUAUGCCAAUUAUGUCCCACAAAGGUUCGAUUGGGAUAAGAUUUGGACUAUGCGGUAGCCAAUUCAAAUUCGGAAGAUUUACCUGUUGUAAAUAUUCAGUUACAGGUUACAGUUCAUGCAACGUGAGGUCUUGCAUUAUCUGGCAAUAGCAAAAAAUUGUUACCAAUAUAAGGAACCGAUAGCGUGGUAGCUAAGUCCUUCGCUAUGUAAAGUCACUGCUUAAACACAGUCUUCGAGGGUUAAAUUCCUUGUAGGACGUUCCAUUUCCACCAAACAACAAAAAAAAAUUAUGUGUGUGUACUUUGUAUGCACGUAAGAAGUUAUACUUCUAUAUAUUUAUAAUCUCAACAAAAUCAAUAUAUUAUCUACUUUAAACAGAGUCUUUGUAUUGUGUUUAAAUAUUAAAUUAAUUUUAAAAAGAACUAAAAGAAUACCAAAAAAAUAUGCAUUGUCCGGGAUGAUUCGAACGUGGGACCUUCCGAUCUCUAGGCGAAUGCUCUAUCGACGAGCUAACGAGGUUACCCUUACGUACGAUUAUUUCUCGGUCAUAAUAAUGACAAUCGCGGUGACACAUAAAUAAUUGAAUAAACAUUUUCAAUAAUAUUUAUUACCGUACUUCCAAAGAUACAAAAAUUAUAAUAAAUGUAUUUACUAAGAACACUAAUAUUAUAUUCUUUUCAUGCACACUUUAGUUGCGCUACAUAAUUUAAAAGAUUUAGCGACUAACACCAUACUGUCGUUGUGCACAUGCGCUGGGAAUAUUAAAAUUCCACCCUCAAUCGCGCCUAAAGAAGUAUAACUUCAAAAAAUUGCCGACCUAAUUGAAACUUUAAAUAAUAUUAUAUACUAAUUUUGACAAUAAAUCAGACACUUUUUGACUGUCAAGCAUUUGACAUUUAUCAAAUUUUUAAUUUCUCAUAGCCUACUUUAGGCUUGUUUAUUAAACUAAGUUGAAAAUAAGGAUAUAUUGAUGACAAACUUGGCUAGUUGUUAAAGUACCAAAAUUUUUUAUUAUCCAACAUAAGCUAAUAAAUCGAAAAACAAAAUCUCAAGAAAACCUGAAGCUAUUGUAUAAAUGCUAGAAUAUUUCGCAGCGUGUUGCGAAAUUUAAGACACAAACAGUUUGAUUUCUUCACCCGUUAUACAAUGACAAUUUACCUGUCUGGCAACAAUAUCAUUAAAGCGAUAUUUUUAAAGAAUAAGACUACAACAAAUUAAAAAAAACAGCUUUACGAAAUUCGAGACAUCAGAAAUGACUCAUUUUUAAGGUGGUACGUUAAUUUCUUGGAGAAAUGUACGAAUAGUAAACAAUUAACUACAGUUUAAACUAUUCAGAUUCAUUUAAAUACAUUUAUCGCCAACCGUGACUAAAGUCAUUCAUUAUUGUACUCAUUGGCCCUUAUUUGCGACAGUAAAGUAACACUAUAUUGUACUAAAAGAAGAAUUUUACGUUACCUGCCGCGAUUUUUAAUCAAAUUAACCGAGAUUUAAUGUAAAGUGGUCGAUGGCAGUAAUCGAUUAUUUAUUUGAAUUAACUUAACCUUUAUUUACUUUAUUUAUUAAAAAUAUUGUACAACAUUUGCGAUAUUAUCAAUUACAUUUAUGUCAAAAAGUGAAA